AUGAUCUCGAGACAGCUCAUACGUCACGUGAAUGGAGGGGCCGCCAGAUUCACCCCCUCUUUACACAUAAAGAGCUUUUCUUCCACCCCGGCCCGUUCAGCCGACUUUUCGCACACCAUCAUUGGAGGAGGAGUGGUGGGUUUGGCCGUGGCAGCAAGUCUGGCCAAACAGAGCCCAAGCAACUCGGUUCUGCUGGUGGAGCGAAACCCGGCAGUAGGCAUGGAAACUUCGAGCCGAAACUCCGAGGUCAUUCACGCUGGCAUCUAUUAUCCGCCAGAAUCGCUGCGUACAGAGUUGUGUAUUCGAGGCAAGGAGCUCAUUUACAGCACUGCUCAGGAGGCCGGAGUUGAUCUUAAGAACUGUGGCAAAUGGAUUGUGGCGCAAAAUGACGACGAAUUGAGCUACUUGGAGAAAAUGCAUGAGCGGGUCUCGGCUUUGGGGGUGCCUAUCGAGUGGGUAUCAGAUGCCGACAGAAAGAGGCUUGAACCAGACGUCAAGGCAACCGCGGGAGCUCUCAAUUCACCCACCACGGGCAUCAUUUCGGCUCACUCGCUCAUGCUAUAUUUAGAGGGCGAAUUUGAAAAUAAUGGAGGCACUAUUGCGUUGCUAUCUGAUGUCACUGGUCUGGAGUACAAGAACAACGAGUACCUUUUGACAGUGGAAAGUGAAGGUGAAAAGUCGGAAAUUACCUCCGCCGCAGUAGUCAACUCUGCCGGCCUUGCGGCGCCCAAAAUCUCAAACAUGCUGCUUCCCGAGGACCGUCAUGUCACUGCUUACUACGCCAAAGGUAACUACUUCUCAUAUUCUGCCUCCAAGCCCCAUACUAACAGACUCGUCUACCCCUGUCCCAGCUCUCAGGCUUCUCUCGGCACGCAUUUGACGCUUGAUCUUGGUGGCAGAAUCAAGUUUGGACCAGAUCUGGAAUGGGUGGACUCACCAAAUGAUCUCCAGGUCAACGGAUCUAGGCUUGAUGAGGUCUAUGAGGCUGUCACGACAUAUCUUCCGACCGUGGAGAGGCAGCAUUUGCAGGCAGACUAUGCUGGUAUUCGGCCUAAAAUCACUGGCCCUGACCAAAAGGGCGUUUUCCAAGACUUUGUCAUUCGUCAGGAGGACGAUUUCCCUGGCUUCAUCAACCUACUCAACAUUGAGUCCCCUGGCCUCACCUCUUCCAUGGCCAUUGGAGAGAAGGUUGCCAAGAUGGUGUAA